ACGAGACCAGUCACCACCUCCUCCUCCUCUUCCUCCAGCCAGGCGAACCGCGCCAGUCCACUUUCGUAGGGGCGACACCCAGUCCGCAGGCCACACGCCCCGCGUGUGCGGCGCCUUUAUUUACUUCGCAGAAGAGCCACCAUCCGCCCACCUCCUAAGAAGUCCGGAAAGCAUUUCGGCGACGCGAUGCUGGGGACACUCGUCUGGAUGCUCGCCGUCGGCCUCCUGCUGGCACUGGCGCCGGGCCGCGCGGCGGGCGCGCUGAAGACCGGGAAGCGCCCGGCGCGGCCGCGGGACUGCGCGGACCGGCCGGAGGAGCUCCUCGAGCAGCUGUACGGGCGGCUGGCGGCCGGCGUGCUCAGCGCCUUCCACCACACGCUGCAGCUCGGGCCGCGCGAGCAGGCGCGCAAUGCCAGCUGCCCGGUCGGGGGCAGGUCCGCCGACCGCCGCUUCCGGCCGCCCACCAACUUGCGCAGCGUGUCGCCCUGGGCGUACAGGAUUUCCUACGACCCAGCUCGGUUUCCAAGGUACCUGCCUGAGGCCUAUUGCCUAUGCCGUGGCUGCCUGACGGGGCUCUUUGGUGAGGAGGACUUCCGCUUUCGCAGUGCACCCGUCUACUCCCCCGCCGUGGUGCUGCGCCGCACGGCCGCCUGCGCGGGUGGCCGCUCAGUGUAUGCUGAACACUACGUCACCAUCCCAGUGGGCUGCACCUGCGUGCCUGAGCCAGACAAGGCCACGGACAGCGACAACUCCAGCAUGGACAAGCCAGGGGCCAAACUACUCCUGGGGCCCGCUGACAGAGCAGCGGGGCGCUGAUGUCGGGGACUGCCUGCCAAGGCCCAGCUUCCUGCGUGCAUCUAGUCCCCUCCACCCCUGAACCUCCCCGCUGUUGCUCACUUUUCCCCAAAGGGAUAGCUACAUAAGCUUUAAAUAUAUUUUUAUUUUUCAAAGUAGACACUACAUACCCAUGCCUGUUUUGGAUAGUGACAGAAACUAUUUUCAUAUUUAGAGCAAGCAUGUUAUUUUUUUAAACAUUUUUGAUAUACAAGCAAAUUGUAAACAUUCUGUUUUUCUCUAAUACGAUUCUUGAGCAUAUAACUGUGGUGUUCAGAUGAAUUUCUUUUUAGCUGCACUGUGCCUCUCUGAGUUCAGCCUGUUGUGAAGGCUCUGGAUCUUGGCACAGGAGGCCUCCCAGGGUUAUGGAGAGGGACAGAUGUGAGGGGCCUCUGGGUUCCAGAAACCAAACUCGCUUUUCUUCUUUAGCAUAUGGAUGGUCUCAACUUUAUGACAACUAAAACUGUUGGUGUUAUCCUUUCACUUCUGAAAGCUACUGGUCUCAAUUUGUGGCAGGAGGUGUGACAUCUUAGCCAGUUCUCAGGGAGCUCCAAGCACACAUGGGCUUAGUUUUAUGAGCUUUUGGAUCAGGCCAACCCUGAGGAGGAGGAAGAGGAAGGCCCCAGUCUCCAGA